AGGAAGUGGUUCUGGGGCGCAUGCGCGUUGGUUCGCGGUUGUCGGGGCAGUUUCCACCGCCGGCGUGAAGAGACCCCGCGCUCCUGGGGUUCCUGCACGCGCUGCCCCGCCCUCUUCUCCUCCGCGCCGGAGCAGCUCUUUAGGCUCCCCGGUGCCCUCCGCUCCGCGCUGCCGCUUCCCGCCCGGGCGCGACUCUCAGGGCCAAAAUGAGUCUGUUUGGAACAACCUCGGGUUUUGGAACUGGUGGGACCAGCAUGUUUGGCAGCACAACCACAGAUAAUCACAACCCUAUGAAGGAUAUUGAAGUAACAUCUUCUCCUGAUGAUAGCAUUGGUUGUCUAUCUUUUAGCCCACCAACCUUGCCGGGGAACUUUCUUAUUGCAGGAUCGUGGGCUAAUGAUGUUCGCUGCUGGGAAGUUCAAGACAAUGGACAAACCAUUCCAAAAGCCCAGCAGAUGCACACCGGGCCCGUGCUAGAUGUCUGCUGGAGUGAUGAUGGGAGCAAAGUAUUUACGGCAUCAUGUGAUAAAACUGCCAAAAUGUGGGACCUCAACAGUAAUCAAGCAAUACAGAUCGCACAGCAUGAUGCUCCUGUUAAAACCAUACAUUGGAUCAAAGCUCCAAACUACAGCUGCGUGAUGACUGGGAGCUGGGAUAAGACUUUAAAGUUUUGGGAUACUCGGUCAUCAAAUCCUAUGAUGGUUUUGCAACUCCCUGAAAGGUGUUACUGUGCUGAUGUGAUAUACCCUAUGGCCGUGGUGGCGACUGCAGAGAGGGGCCUCAUUGUCUAUCAAUUAGAGAAUCAACCCUCUGAGUUCAGGAGAAUAGAAUCUCCAUUGAAACAUCAGCAUCGAUGUGUGGCUAUUUUUAAAGACAAACAGAACAAGCCAACUGGUUUUGCCCUGGGAAGUAUCGAGGGGAGAGUUGCUAUUCACUACAUCAACCCCCCAAAUCCUGCCAAAGAUAACUUCACCUUUAAAUGUCAUCGAUCUAACGGAACCAACACUUCAGCUCCUCAAGACAUCUAUGCGGUAAAUGGAAUUGCAUUCCAUCCUGUUCAUGGCACCCUUGCAACUGUGGGAUCUGAUGGUAGAUUCAGCUUCUGGGACAAAGAUGCCAGAACAAAACUAAAAACUUCGGAACAGUUAGAUCAACCGAUAUCGGCUUGCUGCUUCAAUCACAAUGGAAACAUAUUUGCGUAUGCUUCCAGCUAUGACUGGUCAAAGGGACAUGAGUUUUAUAAUCCCCAAAAGAAAAAUUACAUUUUCCUACGUAAUGCAGCAGAAGAGCUAAAACCCAGGAAUAAGAAGUAGCAGCCUGAGACUUCGGGGUCGUCCGGAGUCGUUCUCUCUCCACUCUGCCUCGUCUCUGUACGAAUUUGAUCCCGGCUUUGGGUUGUCAGCCAGGGACAUGGAUUUCAGUCCCUGGAGAAAACCAUGUCAUUGUUGAGCAGUCGAGAGCCCCGCCGUCCACGGCGACUUGCCGUCUCUCCAUUCCACUGCCUGUUGCAGAGUUUUUCUGUAACUGAGGGGACUGAAAUUAUUAUAGAAGUUAGAUUUUUGAGGGCGAUGCCAGCUAUUUUGCAGUGCUUCAUUCAGUAAUGUCUGUAUUAGAGAAUGUUGGAAAACAGUCUGUGAACCCCGUACUGUAUUUUGUAAUAAAAUAUUUUGAAGAUUGC